AUGAAUAUAUUCUAAAAGGCAAAAAAAUUAGUAAUUCCAUCCACACUUCAUCUAAAAAAUUCACCAAUUGUUGUUAUGGAUACUUUCAUUCAGAAAGGAAACGAAUAACAAUUUAUUGUUUUUACAGAUCAAGUUAUAAGAGGUGAUAGUAAAGGAGUAUAUAAGGAUGAUGAUGAGGCUGGUAAGAAACAUUUUUUAAUGAUAGUUACAUUUUUGGACUAAAUCUAAGUGAUAAGAAUUAACAAUUUAAAUCCUUUUCUUAUGAAAGGAUUUAAUAUCAAUAUACCAAAUCAGUCAAUAUUGCUAAAUUUACAAAGAUUUAUCUAGAAUGAGAACAGAUGGUUAAAUCUAUAAAAUAAGAAUAGGAGUUAAUUUAUCUUUUGA